AACACACUUUACUCACAGUGUUGGUGUUUGAAUGAUGAGCAUGUGGAUAUUUCUCCUUUUACAGAUUCCCACAGGAAGAGGAGCAGCUCCAGCACUGGAUCUCCAGCAUGCCGACUGCUGCAGGAUUGAGACCUUCAGAGUCUGCACUUUUAUGUUCAGAUCAUUUCACCUCUGACUGCUUCCACGCAUCAGGACGUUUACACUCCUAUGCUGUCCCCUCUGUGUUUGAGUCCACGGAAGAAACAUCAGCUACAAGCCCAGAAACUUCAGAACACGAAAUGUGUGAUGGUUGUGAAAAACGCCUCCAUCUAAUUAAAAAGUCGUACAAACUAAAAUUGCUUUCAGCCCAACUGAAGGCGAAGAAAUAUGAAAAGGAGCUGAGUGAGCAGUCCCACAGGGUGACAAAGCUACAGAGAAAAGUGAUCGUUUUACAGACUGCAUUGAAGGUCAUAAGCAUGAAAAGAAGACAAGAAUCUUCAUCAAAAGACCGCCAAGUUGAUGCAAAACUGCCCUGAUUACAGAAGCGA